AUGUCCUGCAUCUCCCAGUACCGUCCCAUACUACCAUCACCACCCCUCUGCCUUCUCCCUCCCCUUCCUCUGGCCUUUCCCCCCUCCUCCCCUUCCCUCCCCAGGUUCGCCUACACCUUCCAUCAAGAGCCCGGUGUUCAUCUCCCGGGCCUCUCCAUACCGCCAAGCCAAGCACACCGCCACCACCCCUCUGCCCUCCGCCUCUGCGAGCAAUCCCUUUUCUUACUCCCUCUCACCCUUUCGUUUCCCCCUCCUCUCAGGUUCGCCUACACAUUUCAGAGCCUCGUUUUCAUCUCCCGUGCUUCUCAGUACCGCCACGGCUUGCAGCAACACCCCUCUGCUCUGCGCCUCUGCGAGCGAUCCCUCUUCUGCGAUCGCCUUGUGUUUGCGCCAGCAGCAGUGGUAGGAGGGCUGUUCACGCCGUUAGAGGAGGCACUCUAUGACUCGUGGGUCGAUGCCGUGCUGCCCAUGCUGCCAGCUGUGGUACCCGAUGCAUUCAUAUACUUGAGAGCCGAACCCUCUGUCUGCCUGCAACGCCUGCAGAAACGAUCUCGCUCAGAAGAGACUUCUGUUGACUUGCCGUACCUGCAACGCUUGCACGAGCUGUACGACCGCUGGUUCCUGGAAGGUUCUCACAGGGUAGAUCCUGAACACACGGCAGCCCCUUCCUUCAGUGCCACUUUGGACGGAGCCUUGACUCACAGUGCACUCGAUGGUGUGCCGUUGCUGGUGGUGAAUUGUAACCAGCACAGGCAGCAGCGCAGUGGUGGUGAUUUUGUGGGGCCAGACAGUGGCACUGGUGAAGGAGAGGAAAGGUUGGAGAAAGGGGCUGUCAUGGGUUCAGAGGUAGCAGAGGUGUUGCCAGGAGCAAAGGUUGGGUUUGGAGGGAGUGAUUUGAACACAUUGCUGGAUGAAAUUUUGCCGUUUUUGCAACGAUUGUGUGCACGAACGCAUGUCUGA